UUCUGGCCCUUCAGUUGCUCCCACAUCUGGCUCUCCUUCAUUUCCUGUUGGCCCAUCACCUGCUCCCGCCCCUGGUUCUCCUUCAUUUCCUGUUGGCCCUUCACUUCCCCCGCCCCUGGCUCUCCUUCAUUUCCUGUUGGUCCUUCACGUGCUCCUGCCCCUGUUUCUCCUUCAUUACCUGCCGGCCCUCCCAGUGGAAGAAAGAAAUCGAAGAAUUUAAGGGUGAAGUUAUAUGUUGUUGGUGCUGCCAUAGCGACUUUUCUAGCAGCUCUUGGAUUACUUUUCGGGUGUUGCAAAUUGCGAAAGAGAAAAGGCAACCUUAGAAAAUUCAUGGGUCCAGAAAGGCUAGAUCUUGAUGACAGAGGGGAUGAUGAAUCACUGUUCUUCAGUUUUACAAGCAUAGAAGUUGCCACAGAUCAUUUUUCUGAGGAAAACAAACUUGGUCAAGGAGGAUUUGGUCCUGUCUACAAGGGUAAACUGGUUAACGGGCUAGAGAUUGCAGUUAAAAGAUUGAAUAGAAUGUCAGGACAUGGAAUACAACAAUUCAAGAAUGAAGUCAAAGUGAUCUCAAAGCUGCAACAUCGAAACCUUGUUAGACUUUUGGGCUCCUGCAUUGAGAAAGAAGAGCGUUUAUUGGUAUACGAGUACUUGCCGAAUAACAGUCUGGAUUCAGUACUUUUUGAUGCAGCAAAGCGGAAUAUAUUGGAUUGGAAAAGAAGGAAGAAAAUCAUUGAAGGGGUCGCUCAGGGGCUUUUGUACCUUCACAAGUAUUCUAGAUUAAAGAUCAUCCACAGAGAUCUGAAAACGAGCAAUGUUUUAUUGGACGCGGACCUGAAUCCCAAAAUUUCAGAUUUUGGAACCGCCAGAAUUUUUGGAGAGAAUGAAAUGCGCGGAAGUACAUUGAACAUUGUUGGGACAUAUGGUUAUAUGUCUCCUGAAUACGCCAUGGACGGGAUUUACUCUGAGAAGUCCGAUGUAUUUAGCUUUGGAGUCAUGAUUCUUGAGAUCAUAACUGGAAAGAAGAACACUUCGUUCUACGAUUCGGAUCGUCACCUGAACUUAAUAGGACAUGUCUGGGAUCUAUGGACAGAAGGAAGAAUUUCAGAAAUCACAGAUUCUUGUUUGGAUGAAACGAUCUCAACAAGCGAAGCACUAAAAUAUGUUCACGUUGGUUUAUUGUGUGUGCAAGAAAAAGCAGCAGAUAGACCAACAAUGUCAGAUGUGGUAUCUAUGCUCCUCAAGGAAUCAAUGGCUCUUGCCACUCCAAAGCGACCUGCUUUUGCUGAAAUUAUGACUCUUAACAAUACCAAGUUACCUCAAAAUCCAGAAUCUUGUUCUUUGAACGAGGUCACAAUUUCAGAUGUGCAGGUAUUUAGCUUCAUUCACCUUGUAAUCUUCUGGCCAUCUGGAGCUCAAAACUCAAAACAGGAUUAUCUCGAUGUUCAUAACGCAGCUCGUGCCCAAGUUGGUGUUGGCCCGAUAGCUUGGGACGACACGGUGGCCGGCUAUGCACAUGACGUCGCCAAUUACACGAAAAAAGACUGCAACUUAAGGCGCUCUGGGGGCCCUUACGGUGAGAACUUAGCUGAAGGCAGCGGAGACUUGACGGCCAGGGAUGCCGUCAAUCUGUGGUUAACGGAGAAGCAAUUCUACGAUUACAACUCCAACACAUGUGCUCAAGGGCAGGCGUGCAGCCACUACACUCAGGCUGCUGCUUCUGGCCCUUCACGUGCUCCUGCACCUGGUUCUCCUCCAUUACCUGCCGGGCCUCCCAGUGGAAGAAAGAAAUCGAAGAAUUUAAGGGUGAAGUUAUCGGUUGUUGGUGCUGCCGUAGCGACUGUUCUAGCAGCUCUUGCAGUACUUUUCUGGUGUUGCAAAUUGCGAAAUAGAAAAGGUAACCUUAGAAAAUUCAUGGGUCCAGAAAGGCCAGAUCUUGAUGACAAAGGCGAUGAUGAAUCACUGUUCUUCAGUUUCACAAGCAUAGAAGUUGCCACAGAUUAUUUUUCUGAUGAAAACAAACUUGGUCAAGGAGGAUUUGGUCCUGUCUUCAAGGGUAAACUGGUCAACGGGCUAGAGGUUGCAGUUAAAAGAUUGAAUAGAAUGUCAGGACAUGGAAUUGAACAAUUCAAGAAUGAAGUCAAAGUGAUCUCAAAGCUGCAACAUCGAAACCUUGUUAGACUUUUGGGCUCCUGCAUUGAGAAAGAAGAGCGUUUAUUGGUAUACGAGUACUUGCCUAAUAACAGUCUAGAUUCAGUACUUUUUGAUGCAGCAAAGCGGAAUAUAUUGGAUUGGAAAGGAAGGUUGAAAAUCAUUGAAGGGGUCGGUCAGGGGCUUUUGUACCUCCACAAGUAUUCUAGACUGAAAAUCAUCCAUAGAGAUCUAAAAACGAGCAAUGUUUUAUUGGAUGCGGACUUGAAUCCCAAAAUUUCGGAUUUUGGAACCGCCAGAAUUUUUGGAGAGAAUGAAAUGCGCGGAAGUACAAUGAACAUUGUGGGGACAUAUGGUUAUGUGUCUCCUGAAUAUGCCAUGGACGGGGUUUACUCCGAGAAGUCUGAUGUAUUUAGCUUUGGCGUCAUGAUUCUUGAGAUCAUAAGUGGAAAGAAGAACACUUCUUUCUAUGAUGCGGAUCGUCACUUGAACUUAAUAGGACAUGUCUGGGAUCUAUGGACAGAAGGAAGAAUUUCAGAAAUCACAGAUUCGUGUUUGGAUGAAACGGUCUCAACAAGGGAAGCACUAAAAUAUGUUCACGUUGGUUUAUUGUGUGUGCAAGAAAAAGCAGCAGAUAGGCCAACAAUGUCAGAUGUGAUAUCUAUGCUCCUCAAGGAAUCAAUGGCUCUCGCCACUCCUAAGCGACCAGCUUUUGCUGAAAUUAUGACUCUUAACAAUACCAAGUUACCUGAAAACCCAGAAUUUUGUUCUUUGAACGAGGUCACAAUUUCAGAUGUGCAGGGUAGAUGAUUAUUUCUUGGCCAGGCUUAUAUUUUCCUACUUUGUUUCACCAAGCUGUGGGUUAGGACAAAUUUUAGUCCUUAAGAUAGGAAUAGCCCAGGACAAAAGGACGUACCCGUUGUCGACUGACUGACGGAUGUUGCAAGUUGUAAGUGGUAAUUGCAUACAGAGGAAGGUGAGAAGCAGGCCGUGUCCUCAGGUCAGGGACUCAGGGGUGGCCACUGCAGAUAAUCAGUCUCAAUUCUUUUGUGGAUUCGUUUUGGUUUUGGAUUUGAGUUUGAUGACUAAUUAUUCAAGUAAU